AUGGCGGCAACGGAAGAACCGCCCAGUAAAAAAACUAAAUACUCUAAACUCCGUAAUAAAAUAUCAGAAGAAGAAAUGGAUACUGAUAUUAUACCAGAAUUAAUUCUUCCUGUUACGAUUAAGAACGAAGACAUCAAAGAAGAUAAUCCCCUGUACUAUACAGCCCGAAAUAAUGCUGUCGAAAUAGCUGAGUAUUUAAUUAACCGAGGAGCUAGAGUUGAUAUUUACCCAUCAAAGUACUCGUCACCAUUUUAUCAUUGCACGCCAUUACACGUCGCCAUUAAGUUUGAAAGUUUUGAAGUCGCUCAGAUACUAAUAAAUAAACGAGCUAGCGUUCAUACUAAGACAGAAAAUGGUAAAAAACCACGAGACUUAGCGAUCGAAAAAGAUGCUGGAGCUAAAAUCAAUGAUUUCCCGAAUAAAGUUCUACCUUUACAUCAAGCUAUUGCUGUAAAUAAUGAUAGCGUUACGAAACUUUUGCUCAAACGUGGGGUUGAUAUUAAUGUAAUAUGUACAUCUCCAGUGUCUAAAUAUUUAAAUUGCACGCUACUGCAACUUGCAGUAAGCACAGAAAAUUUUGAAAUCGUAAAUUUAUUAUUAAAAUAUAAAGCGGAUGUUAACAAAAGCACUAAAAAGUUAGGAUCACCCAUUGGAAUAGCUGUGGAUCAGAAUAAUUAUGAGUUGUACGAGUUGCUAUUAAAAGCUGGUGCAGAUAUUAAUAAACCUUCGAAUAUGAGACUGUUACAUUGA